GUGCCCGAGCGUGUAAUCUCAGUGCCGUCUUCGACCCGAGUGCGCUCUAAUAAUAGGAGUCUGCUGCGUCUUUAAGAGCCUACUUGUUGCACAGUCCUUAAGAAAAUAAACAAUAUGGUUAUCAAAGUAUUCCUCGCCACCUCGUCAGGAUCCACUGCGGUAAGUAACCACAGCCUGCUGAUUUGUCAUUGAAGAAAACAUAACUAAUGAAGACUUUGUUUCAUAUUGAGUUGAAUGCUUCAAAGCAGUCACAUAUAUAGGCUACCACAACUAUUCUUAAGUACUAUUGGCAUGUUUGCGAUGAGUUAUUGUUUCUUACGUCGAUAUGAUAAAUAGAGCCUUCUAGAAAAGGGACUCCUUUAGCGAGUCCGCCAUAAAAGCCAUACAUCAUAGACCUUCCACCUAAAAUGGAAGAGAUUUUGCUUUAAAUACUCCAGUAUUCCUGUCAGUUUGUCAUUAGAUAGCUUUAUUGUGAAUGUAGGUAUGAUACUUAUCAACCACAACAAGGACGAUUGUAUGAUCUGUCUUUUAACAGGCUCAACUCUUGUGAGUUAGUGGUGUGAAACACUCUUGCAGUGGCAUGGCUGGCCAGUUGGUCAACAGUGAUAUCCUUACAGAGCCAGCCAAAGCCUCAAUGGGGCCAUAAGUAAAGUUUGAUUUUGGGGCCCUCUAUUUCUGCCCAUAAUAUUGAUCACUGAUCAUUCACACACCUUCACAAAUCUCUUUGAUUAACAUUUCAUGACAUGCAAACAUAUGGCGUUUCUCCCUCUUUCUUUUCUCUGCUCCUGAAGGAUAUGUCCUUUUUUGCAACUUUGUUUUGCCCCACAACUACCUGCGCUUUGGAUGCUCAGUGCACAUUGCACAGCAGGAGGAGCAUAACAGUAGCUAAGCUUUGACAUAUUGGCAGUAAUCAUAGGUCUGCAUCAGCAGCAGCACUAAAAUGUUUUUACUUUAUUUCAUUUUAUUUUUACAAUACUAUAUAUUUGAUCAUACAGAAGGCAUCACUCAUACAUGCAAAAAAUUAAAAUAUUAUUAUUAUUGUUAUUAUUUUAUUGCUCUCGGGGGCCCACUACUGGCCACGGGGCCCUAAGCAGACACUUAGUUGGCUUAUGCCUUGGGCCAGCUCUGUAUCCUUAAGUAUUGAGGUCACCUUAAAGAUCCGUCUAUUGCCUGUCCCUAACUUGUCUGAGUCAAGCAUGACGUAUCUGUAAGUUAGGUCAGGUCUAUGUGUUAUGUUGAGAAAAGAGAAUGUGUCAAGUAUUGACUAAAGCUCAAGCCCUAGUCUCACUUUGUAGCCCAACAGUAUUUUUCAGUCUUCAUCCUGUAUUUUGCUCUGUUUCCAGAGUAAAUAUGAAAGGUGAAAAUAACACUUGUUUUUAUCUUUAAAAAUUCUGCCCUUGUUCUAUUUCUUUUUCAGACUGUACAGACUGUAUUUACAUAUGCAUCUGUUCAGAAGGAGAAAAAUAGGCCUACUCCAAUGCAUACACCUCACAGAGCCAAAACAAAAAACUAUUUCAAUAUUUACAAUAAACUCAUGAAUUAGUAAACUAGAUAACAAGAUUAGAUAAGAAGCACAUGCCAGGUUUGAAUCAUAAUGGUGUCUGUUUAUUACCAGGGGGGUUCAUGUUAAAGUCUUUUAAAUUAAUUAUAAAAUUCUCCCACAAGCAUUCCAUGAAAACGUCCUUUUUUUUAAAAAAAAAAUAAAGGAGAAAAAGUGAAAUCCAUUACCUCUGCUCUCCAGAUUAAAAAGAAGCAGCAAGAUGUGGUGGGCUUUCUGGAGGCUCUUAAAGUAGACUACACUCAGCUGGACAUUGCCUGCAGUGAGGAGAACCGCAUGUGGAUGAGGCAGAAUGUCCCAGAAGAGAAGAAGCCUACCAAUGGUAUUCCCCUGCCCCCUCAGAUCUUCAAUAAUGAGAGCUACUGUGGGGUAAGUACAUGAAAAACAACAAACAUACAUUAUUCUCAAGACAGAUACCUUAUUAACCAGCUUUGGGUAAAUUAAAAAUAUGGUUAUUUCAUUUUUAUACAGGACUACGAAACAUUCUUCGAUGCCAAAGAGGACAACGCCAUUUUUACCUUCCUGGGGCUUCCCCCUCCUCCAGGGUCAAAGGUUGGAAACUUUCUGUUUUUUUGUUCAUUUAUUUAUUUAUUUCUUCAGUAAACUUAAAAAAAAAAUGAUAAUAAUCAACAUUUUUAUCCCCCUGUUGCAGUGAAUCUGUUUUUUCUAAAUUACAGACCCCAAUUCCAAUUAAGUUGGGACAUUGUGUCAAAUGUAAAAAAAAAAAAAAACAGUAUAAAGUGAUUUGCAUAUCCUGUUUGAUCUACAUUACACUGAAAACACCACAAAGACAAGAUAUUUAAUGUUCAAAUUGAUACACUUUAAUUUUUUUGUGCAAAUAUUCACUUACAUGUACUUGAUGCCUGUAACAUGUUUCAAAAAAAGCUGGGACAGGGCAGCAAAAGACUUGGAAAGUAGAGGAAUGCUCAAAAACACCUGUUUGGAACAAUUGGAACACAGGUGAACAGGUGAAUUGGAAACAGGUGUGUGCCAUGAUUGAGUGUCACCCCUAAAAUGGCUGAGUUGUUUAAUAACAAGGAUGGAGCAAGGUUCACCACUUUGUGAACCACUGCGUUAGCAAAUAGUCCAAGAGCUGAAGAAGAAUGUUUCUUAACAUUCAGUUGCAAGGUAUUUAGUUAUUUUAUAAUCUACAAUCCAAAAUAUCAUCAAAAGAUUCAGAGAAUCCACAGAAAUCUCAGCACACACCUCCUCUUCUUUGAUCUUAAGGGCUGAUGGGGGGUCGCAGUGGAGGGGAGAGGGUGCAAAGGCAGGUUUUAGCUGAUGUUUGUUCAGGUCCUCGGUCAGUCUGUUGUUACCUGUUGGGGUGAUGGACUCCUGUAGUUGGUUAUGUUCUGCAGACUUUUGGCUGAAAAGCUGUUUUUCAGCUUUUCUGUGUAGCUUCUCUUUGCUGCCCUGAUCUCCUUUGUCAGUUUCUGACUUGCUUGUACAGGACCUGGUCCCAACCUCUGUAGGCCUCCUCCUUGGCCUGGCACAGCUUCCACAUCUUAGGUUUGAACCAGAGUUUAUUGUUGUUGUAUCUGCAGAAAGUCUGCACACACACAUCCUUUUAAAAGCUGAUAUACAAUGUCCCAGUGUCAGUGAGUUAUAAUGUAUUGCUGCAGAAAACAAGUUACUAAUUCAAUUCAUUUUAACUUGAUUUCUUCCCAACAGGAGUUCAGAAGCCCCUUCUUUGGUUUAUUCCUUUAAAGCUUUGACUGAAGUUAAUAGUUUAAUUGUUUGAAACUGAAUGUGCCUAACAGCCAAAUGCCUAAAGAUUUUUCUGUAACAAACACUUAAUGGAGCUUCUUUGCGUAGACAUGAAUAAGUGAGAAUUAAAGUCUUGUACUGGCCUUUUUAACCAAGUCCUUUUUUGUGCUGGAACACCUUAACUUGGAGAGGAUAGUUCAAUGAUCAGGUGUGAAGACAGCUGGCCACAAGGUGGCAAUAACUGUUCAUGCCUAGAGCUAAAAAACAUCAAAUAAUAGUAGAAAGAGGACAGAUUUUCUAUGAUGUAGCAUUAUAUUUGAGGAGGUAAAAAGAAGAAAGUGAAGAUGUUCUCAAAAGACAAGAUACUGAAUUAUUUGAAGUAAAACCAAACAAAAGAGAUAAGGCAGUACGUAGAAUAGGAAACUGGAGAAAGUUGGGAUUGUCAUGUCAGAAAGCGGCUAUAGGUUUCAAUUGAGCCUGGGUCAUUCUCUUGAAGCCUCCGCACAUGUGGCAAGCAACUUAACCACUAUGCCAAACAGGCACCCAAGCAUGUCUUUCAUACCGUAAUGAAAUUGAGAUUCCACAAGAUACAAACAUUUGAACACUUAAUUAAAAGCUUACUGACACUAUGAUUGUUAUCAGUGAACAUUGACAAGGCAAUGAUAAUGUUGCUACAGCAGUAUUCACAAAAAAGACAAUUUUAGCAAAGCGUUAGAUAAGAAAUCUCAAUUAUUUCUAUAUAAUUACAAUAAAGAUAAAGCUGUCAGGUGGUCACCUUUAUGUACCACUAAGACUGAAACCUUAGGGAAAUAGCCAUCAUGGCUUCAUGGAAGGAUAACAAAAUACAACCACAAGAAUCUCAACAGCUCAGUAUUUAACAUUUUAGGCCUUGCUUGCUUAAUUUGUAACAAUCCAACAUGAAACAACCCCACUGGCAAACUGUUUAAUUAUUGUACUAAUUACAUGAACAAGAUGUUUGCAAUUAUUUGUCGGCUUCAGAGAUGCCAGUGAUAAGAAAGCGAUAGGUGCAGUGUUUCCCUUUGAUUCCACAAAGAUAGAUAAAUACUGUUAAUAUAACUUUUAAUUUGCCAAAAAAAGUGACGUGAAUUUCCACAUUGUCUCCUCAUCCUUGACAAGAGUGCAAAUAUUGAUAAAUGUUUUUAAAGGCACUUAUUUGGGACCAAUAAAUGAAUUGUUGUUUUUAUUUAAUGAUGUAUCAUGGCUAAUUUUUUUCAUCAACAGUGCUAACACUCGAGACUCCAUUUAAACUGCAAUAUCUCCACCUUCUACAUUUUCUCCCUCCAGGAAUGCCUAAACCUUUUCCUCCCAGUUUCCCAAUCUUUCAUAAUAAUGAGCAGACCAUCUAAGUGCUGAUGAGGCAGUGCCAUUGAUGCAUGUGUAAAGUUAUUAAAGUUUCUCAUCUAUUCAACUUGACCACCAGUUGUUGUUUUCACCUCACAACAAGGAAGUCCCAGUGGAGGAACGUAAUGGUGUCGCACACAAUGAGGAGCUGCUAGAUGAUGAGGAGGAGGAAGAAAUAACAGAGGAGAAGACUGAAGAUGACGAAGAAAUAGAAGAUGAGUACCCUGAGGGAGAGGAAGAGGAAGAGGAAGAGGAAGAGGGAGAGGAAGAGGAAGAAGGAGAUGAAGAAGAUGAGGCAGUGGAGGAAUCAGAUGAGGUCACAGAAAACCUAGUGAUUGAUUUUAAACCCGUGUUCACCACCCCUUAGAUUUUUUUUCCAUUGAAUGUUUUAAUGUAAUGAAUGUUUUUGGUUUUUUUUACCUCCACCUUCCCAUCAUUCCUGGAAUGCUCUGUUUUCCUCCCCUCAGCAUCUCCACUUUUCCUUUCAUGUUUCCCUUCCUGCCAUACUGGGUUUGCCUCCUUUUAAGUUCAUGUCGUCCAUACCCUGCAUCUCCCUGUCAGUGAACACAGAAAUGCAUUAACCAAACACAUAACAUUCCUGUUUACUCCCCCUGUUUGACCUUUAUUCAGCACGUUGGACAGCUAACUUUUUCACUGUGAUAUUAUUGCAACUUUUUGUGGGUUUCUUGUAUGUUUUCCAUUCCCUUCAUGUGUCUUUGUAAAUCUGUUGAAAUGAAAUUGUUGCAACUUUCCUUGAUGAUUUCACAUUGCACACCUCACUGCAUAUUCAUUAACUGUCACACACAGCUCCGUUUGUAUGUUUCAGCAAGCCUGAGCUGUGGAUACUGUUGUUUUUCUGUAUGAUUAUAGAUAGUUUGUAGUAGCUUGGAUGUGAAUUGGUGAGUAAAUGCACAAUAUAGUAUAUAAGUCUCUAACACUAUCUUAUUUCUCUGUCAGCAGGCUCACGCAGAGGAAGAAGAAGGACAGGUAGGUUUUUCAAAGGCACACCUAAAUACACUUAACACUGAAGAGCCCUGCAUUUCAGUGAAUAUCCUUUUUUAAUGAAAGAUUCAUGUGUUUAAAUAAAGUUUAAGCUGUGGCAGUGUGCACACAUUUGAUAUAAAUGGCCACAAUAUAUGAAGAGCUUAAAUGAAGUUGAGACAAGUUCACAAAAAGAAGAGAUCAGUCUUUCUAUUUUUAUACAGGAACAAGCAGCUUCGGUAGCAGUAAAUUGAAGUUGUGCAAUAAGCCAUCUGAACAUCAUGUAAGAUAGGCCUGAAACACGUAUAGGAUUCCAAAAAUAACAUGACAUGACAUAGAGAGUCUUGAAGAUACUGCUGAUGAUCAAAAUUGUCUUGUGUUUUUUCCGGAAAGUUAGUUUGGGCUGUAUUUGUGAAAAAAAUCAUUUAUAAAUGUAUAAACCCACAGCGACUUUAAAAGAACAUACUGUAGUUGUACACAGCUUAACUUGUUUUGUUUUUGGCAUCCUUUGAACCGUGCACAAGCAUUUGAACGCAAAAGUCAUUUUCUUCCUAGGUUAUGCUCUCCGAAAAAUAUUACCUGUUAAACUUUGAUUUUUACACUUUUAGUGGGAAUCCAUGAUGUGAUUGUCAGAAAAUUUUACUAGCCUCAUACUGCCAAGACAAAACUAUAUAAAAAGAGGACAUACUUGCAGUGACUGUUACGAUAAUUUUUCUGUUACGAUUCUUCAUAUGCUAAAAGUUUUGCUCAAUAAUGAAUCUAGAUGUGAUCAAUUACCUUCACCUUCUGGUAGAUGCAUUUAAAACGGACAUAAAACUCUGUUCUGUGUUGCAGACCUGACUCACAUUACAUCAGAUACAUGAAUUACUUCCAGAGAUCCCACUGCUGCGGUUACACCUGUCUUGUUUCUCGUACAUGCAUGUACUUAAUGGCAUUUCACCCCUUCUUUGCCCUCUUUUCGUCCAUCUCUCAAUUUGCUCUCUCUAGGGGGAAGAGGAUUUGAAGUCAGAGGUAACUGUGUGCCAGUGAUCAUCUUUUUCUUUGACCCCUCUUAGUGUCCCCUGCAGUGUUUGGGAAAGUGAAGCAGCUUAGUUUGGUUGGGUUUUUGGUUGGUAGUUACCACUCACCUGGAUAUCCUUUCAUCUGCUCCCUUUCAAGAUUUUACCACCCCCUCCUGUUCUUUCCUAUCUUUUUUCUGCUUUUAUUAACCCUUUUUCCUCUUUUUGUGCCGACAUCACAUUCCUCAUUUCUUCCCAGUUCAGUAGCCGCUUCCUGACAUCAUCAACUAUCCUCAUAACUUUGAUUUUUUUCAGACAAGUUGUGCCUAACAUGCCUGUAGUGCAACAUGCUGCCUUGCUCCCUUAACAGCCUGCUGACUUGCUCUCCGUUUUUCCCUUUAGGAAGAAGAAGAGCUACAACAGCUUGAGGUAGAUUUAUAUGCUUUCCUUUUUACGUGCCUAAGCCUUACUUGAUUCAGCUUAUGUCUUCAUCACGAUCAUUGUUGUUGAAUGUUUUUUUAACGCUUGAAAGCGUGUCAAUCCUUCCUUUAGCUUUCUCUUUCGCUGUUAUUGUAGUUUGGUCUGAAGUGAAAAUAACCUGAAGCAUGGGUUUCUUGUAAGAGCAAAAAUAAGGUCAAAAUGAAGCGAAAGAGCAUGGAGGACAACAAAGGUUACAGAAAAAUGUAAAUAGCAAUCAGACAUUUACAAAAUAAAUCAAUAAACUAGUUUACAAAUCAGUUGAUUAAAACCUUGAGUUGAGGUGGUUAAAAAGCUCCUGGUGGCAGGGUCCUGGGGUUGAAUGAGAUCCGCCCAGAGUUCCUCAAGGCCCAGGGUGUCGGGGGCUGUUGUGGCUGACACGAUCCUGCAGCAUCUGCACAAAUGGAAAUUUGAAGUUGCAGUACUUGUGGUAAAACAAUGAUCUUUCCAAACCUUAAAAGGCCUGCAAAACUCUACAGAUGAAAUAGUAAUCUUUCUAUAUGUAACCUAACUCAAUAAUCAUUAAUAGCUAAAUAUACAAGUACAUCUUUUUUUCCAUUGCAAAGCUAUUAUCUGAGGUUGUGCAAUUCCUUUUGGGGUUGUCAUUUCUAGUUAAAUUGAUGAAAUAAUGUUCAUAUUUCAUUUAAGCAGUUUGGCUAAAACAGUAAUCUUUUCUUAUAAUCUCAACAGAGAGGAAAAAGUGACAAAAAAUGUAAAUUUAUAUCUCGUUUCGAUUCUUAAAAUAACAACAGGUGCAAUGCUAAUUCACGCCAUUCCCUUGAAUAGUCUGCUCAAUUUGUGCAAGUCGCGCUGCCUAUUUCAUGUCAUUUGCGUCACCCAAGUAGAAUGCACGACGGCUUCACUUGGAAUUCACUUGUUCGAAUUAUUUUAUUCACCCUUGGUGUGAACACAACAUGAGAAGCACAGGCUGUAUGGUGUUGGCAGCACCAGAGAAACCAUACAACAUGGUCCCACAGUGCUCCCAGUUCUCAUCAGGUGAGAAAGAGAUCUUUGCAUGAGGGAAAUGACAGCAUCAUCCACCCCAACGCCUGGCUGAUAGGAGAUGACAAAGGACCAACCUCACCAUGGUCAUCAGAUGUGUUGUCAGUGCCACUGGCAUGUAGUUUCUGAAGUCCUUGAGGUGCGAGAUCUUUGGUACCAUGAUGGAUGUCUUCUACAGCUGUGGCACUCUCCCCAGCACCAGAGUCAUGUUGUGGAUGUAAAGCCGCUCCAAAAUCUCAUACAGCUGGUCUGCACAGGAUCUGAGGAGCCUCGAGUGGAUGCCGUCUGGAUCUGCAGCCUUUCUAACCUGAAGUCCCUACGUUUCUCUCUUCGCCUUGGACAUUGUGAAGGGCAGACUGGAGCUUUUGGACUGUGUGCUGGUGCAUGCAGGCCAUUCAGUUGGAGAAGCAGUGUUGUGAGGGUACUAUAGUGAAAGUCUUUGAAGUGGGGGUCAUGCAGUCAGCAGAAGGUGGAGAUGGUGGUGGUUACAGCAGGAUGAGUCAGAAAAAGAGAUGAGUGGAUGGCUGGUCAAAUCUGUUAAAGAAGAUGUUCAUGUUGUCUGUUAUAUGUCUGCAUCUGUAUGUGAAGGUAGACAGAGUUGAGGAGAGAGAGGCAUGAUUAAAAUCCCUGGUGAUAGGAAGGAGAGCCUAUGGGUACUGUGUCUGUGGCCUGUUUGUAAGAAAGUGGAGGACAUCACAAGCAAUGCUGGUCUUAGCAGGGUGAGGGGGCGUUUGUAACUAUUGUGACAACGUGAGAAUUCCCUUUGGGCAGAUAGUAAGGCAUCAUGCUAAUGGCUAAAAGUUAAAUGUCCUUACUGCGGUGCUGUUCUUCUCCUCAUGGGGAACGUCUUUCGCAAGUUAGCUUCACUGUCCUACACGGGGCUAGCAGCUGAUCACAGGUGAUCAUAGGUGUGAACAGUUAUAAUUGGAAACUUAUUCUGUAAUGAUGUGAUACUCAUAUUGUCAGAGCAAUAACCGUAUCACUUCUUUUCUGAUAACCCCUCAAUAGCUAAAAGUCUAAUGUUUCUCACACUGGUGUUGUAGAAAACCCUCAUUACAACCUCUGUCUGAAAUGCUUCGUUUUAGUCGCUGUCUCUUUAAGGCCCCCCACUCAAUCAGCCUACUCUCUUCUGAUCGGCCAGCUCUUUGUAGACCUUUGGGAGGUCGGCCAAGGGCAGAGCAGGAUGUUUUGGGUCUACCCUCUCUAUUGAGGCCAUGUUGAGCAAUGGAGCAAUACAGCGGAGUAGCAUUACCCCACUCUGCUGUGGGUGAUACCUCACGAGUUGUUUGGGGCAGGCCGUUCCGCUGUACUGGGGGCCCCAGAUGAACCACUUCAAAGAGCCUCAUGCGGUGACCUUAUCAGUUCAGCAAGUGUUAUGGACGUCUUGAUGAGAUCUCAUGUGAUUUCACAACAAACCAUUUUAAGCACUUUUAUAGUCUCUAGGAUCAUUACAACAAACAUUUACCUCAUGAUUUGAAUAUACGCAUGUCUUUAGUAUGAAUACCUAACAUUGUACCUUUGCAAUUAUGUUUUAAAACUGAAAUGGUUAAUACCCCCUUCUUUAAUUGAAUGAUGUAAAUAAGCCGUUUUAUGUCUGCAACUUUUGCUGUGGGUUUGGUUUCCAGGGUCAUACUGGAGGAACUCAGACUUUAUUAUGACCUGGGCACUCUUGAAUCCAAACCUUAAUGCUUCCUUUUCAUACUGCUCUAAGCUUUGAGUACAGGGCCUCAGAUGACCUGAGCAAGAUUUAUGUCAUGAUCUACUCAGCAUCUUUUUUUACAGCAUUGCUUGGCCAGUCACCUUACCUCAGGAGUUAAGGCUUCCCAGAUCAGAUUAAGUCUUCUUCAGCAAACAACACCCCAAACCCCUAAAGUUAGACCUAUGGAUAAAAAAUUCCAGCCUAACAAAUGAUCCUGUGCAAAAUUUUGUGUGGAGCUCUACUGCUCUGCAACAUUCCAGCUGCUGCCUGAUGAUCUAUCAUGUGUGUAUCUUUGCUUUUGCUUUGCUUUGCCUUUUACCUUCUACCUUCUUUCUACCCUUCCAUCUGUUUUGGUGUUGCCCACUGCUCUUGCUGGAACAAGACAAACAAGGCAGGUGGUUUCUGUAUAAUGUUUAGGCUCUUUUUAUUUCAGGCAUUACAGGGUAGAUUUCCAUGGUCCUUUCUUUUCCCCUUUUCUCUCUUUGUGUGCUGCAUCGACUUCUUUUCUGUGCAGAGACCUGACAGUGUGCAGCAUGACAAAUCGGAUAGUUUUUAUUUGUAUAUCAGGUGGAUAUAGCUUUGUGAAAAUAAUCUGACUCCAUAUAUCGAUUUAUUUUCUUUUCUGUGGCUUCUCUUACUCCUCUGAUUUUAUUUUCCAUAGGACGAAGAAGAGGCUGAAGGUCAAGAGGUAGAUUUAAGCUUUACACCCAUUGUUAAUGUUUUGUGUGAUGUGAAUUAUUUGCAUUGUAAUGCAUGAUCUGGUUGCAUCUCAAGACUAUACGUCUAUGUGCAAAGAAACUUUUCUUUUUAAGUCUGGUGUAAAAGUGAAACACAUCCACCAAGAUGGUUUGUUUGCUUUUAUCACUUAAGAAGAGAUUGUAAACUAUUUUUUGUCAUUUUAUGACAAUAGACUGUAUGAACUAUGGACAACUUGGUUCCGCCACUUUACAGAUUUGAAACCGAAAAGCUCUCGGUAAUUCCGUGUUUUUUCUCCAUUUCCUGAAACCAACAUUGUGCAGUAGCGUUGUACGCACUCCAUCACUUGUGCAGUAGCAUUGUGCACAUUCGGUGGGAGAGUCACUGUGAUGAUGCUCAGCUCAAACAGUGUAUCCCCUGGGUGAGCUACACAGUCUUCAAACGCCUAUAGGCUGUAUCAAGUGUCAAUCAUAGAAAACAUAAAUCCCUUAAUAACUUUUAAAAACUGAGCUGUACAGAAAAAAGAGGACUUGAGCACAAACCAGUCUUACAAUAACUACAUGAAAACAUCGCAAGCAGGGUGGAGAAAAGUUCUGUGUAAUAAAGUCCACAGCCCCAUAGGCUUUGCUGGCGGAGGUGGGAUUUAUGAUCUAUACGGUAGCCCGUCACCAGAGGGCGCUGUUCUCGGGUGGCUUCACUCAGCAAGGAGGCAGACGCCGUCCAUUCUAUAUACAGUCUAUGUGUAUGACUUGGCAACUCUAGGUUGGGUUAAGUUUGACAUGUUUUCAAUUUAUGUUGCAUGGAAGAAGAGUGAAGAGGAGAAAAUCUACUAGAUUACAAACCCCUGCCCAAUUUUGUAAUAUCUGUAUUGUUUUAGUAGUGUUGUUUUAGUUGUUAUAGUUGUUAUAGUUGUAGUAUUUGUUAUAUAAAGCUUUAUUAUGGCAGGGGUCCAGCAGUGAUAGUUUCUUAUCACUGAUUAUGUCAAGUCUCUUGUCUCUGGAUAUGACAUUGUUUCCCUUAAACGGAGCAGUCACAAAACUGGACCAAGCAGAAACAAUCAAAAGUUUCUUCAGUUGCAAAGCACUGUAACAAAUCUUACAAUUGUCUCACUGAGGUCAUCACAGGAUAUUUUGAAAUUUGUGUGUGUUUUUUAUCACCCAUAUUUCUUCUUCUUGUAUGAUUUCUUUACAUUUCUUUUGCAACUCCAAACACUAACACUCCAAGUUCUCUUGCUACCUUUUUUUUCCAUUUGGCCCCUGGCUUUAUAUAACCAUGCUUUUUUUUUUCUUUUUUACCACUUCAAAGGAGGGGGAGGAGGAAGGCUUGGAAGAAACACAGGUACUAUCAUAAAAAAAAGUGGUCGCAUGCAAACUGCUUGUGCCCAACAUUUGAAAACCAUAUCUCAUCCUUUUUAUGAAGAAGGUAGAUCUUUAUGAAACAAGAAAUACAUGCCAUAGUAUUUGAGUUAUUCCCACUAUUCUCAUAUGAAUAAUGAAUCAGGAACAAGUAAAAAAAUCUUAAACACUGUUUUUUAUACCCAUUCUAUAAGAAAACCUCACAUCUUAUUUUACACAACUUUGCAAACUAAGCAGAUCCAGGUAUGAAUGUGGCACCGAGUUCAAAGCAUCUCUAUCCAACCUGUAAUAAUUAAGGGGCUAAAAUAACAAGCUACACAUUAUAUGCCACUGGUGUGUCCCCAAAACGAGGCCCCCUGAGGCUCUGAAACAACCCGCCCUGGCACAUCGGCUCUGCAGAAUCAAUUGAGGUUUUUAAAUCCUCCCUAAAGACACCUAUUCUGUCUGGCUUUUAAUUGGAUUUGAGUGGACUUGAACUUGAUUUUUUAUUAGUUUUAUUCUAUUUUAAUUUAUUCCGCUUCAUAGCGCUGUGUUUAUCUAUUUAAGCAUUAAUUUUAUUUAUAGUAAUUGCUGAUGGAUGUUUUAAAUGUGCUCUAUAAAUAAAGUUUGAGUUGAGUUGAGAUAGUGCAGGGAAAUUUGCUGAGCCAGCGUAUCAUUUUUUUUCUUAUUAUAGAAAAAUCGUAUUAACACGCUAAUUUCAAAAAGCCUCAUAUAAUCCUAAACAUAAAGAGAACUUAUCUAUGUUGUUUGUUAUAGACAUAUUACAGUGUCUUUUAAUAGGAGGAAGAGGCUGAGUAGAGGCAGGAAACGUAAGCCAUGUUGACUUAACUGUCCAGGCAAAACACUUUUUUUCCCCCUCUGCCUCGUGUCAGUGCUUUGACUUGACCACUAGAGGCCAGUGAAUCUUUACUAUUUAGAUUGUCACAUGAGUCGGCCCCUGGGCUGUAGCAUUUUAUCAGUUCUGCAACCAAAUAAAUUAAAGACGCUUCUUUUUUGAAAGUUUAAUAUUUGUUUGAUUCUUUGACCCUGCAGUGAAAGGAGUUUAUUGCUCAUGUUGGGAGUUGUCAGUUUCUAAUGUUGACUUGCACAUGGAGGUUUUCAGUCAGAGAAUAGACAGGGUAGAUGGGCUACCCUUGCAGCUGUCUGCAAAUGGCUUCAGAGAGGAUACAAUGUCAUACAAAUCAUCUAAUGCCGUAAAGAAACACAUUUCAAGACUUGCCUUUUACUUGAGGCUGUUGCAUGAACGGCGAUGGCAAUGAUUUGAAAAUUGUAAUCCUCAAAGCCUAAAGUUCUCGUCCUCCUCUGCCUGUUAGACAUCCAUGGCCCACUAAUGAAAGAGCCAAAGUGCAGGCUUGGAGGGAUUGCUGAGCAUGUCUCUCUGCUCUCUCAGCUGUCUCCAAAUCCCUUGCAGGCCCCUGUUAUGCCUUUUUAGAGGAAGCUGCAAAUUGAGCUUUAGAUAUGCAGACAAAGGCAUAGUAUUUGUUGGCGCACCAUUGACAACUAGGAAAUGUGUAAGUGUGAGUAUUUUUUGUUUUUGAUUUCAUCUGUUGGUCUCUUACAGCCUGAAGCUUGACCUCCCUCUCUUCUGUCAGACAUCCUCUCUACCCUCCCUAUAGGCCACACUGGACUUCACUGGAAACUGCCUGUUGUGUGUGGAGAAUAUUGAAAAGUCCAAACCCACAACUGCCCCCACCCUAAGCAUUCUUGACUGCAAUGUUGACUUAAUUUUUAUAUACCGUCUGUAGAGACAUGCUUUUGUAAGAAUGUGGAGUAAUUUUGUAAAUCUCAAACAUAUGUCUUGUGUCUAAUUUAAAGAAGUAGCAGAAAACUGUACCUUGGCUCAUCAGCUUACACAGGAGAUUUAUAUUUCUGUGUACUCAACCUGUGGAAAAUACUUUUUUUUAGUGUAGUUUUACAACCAGUUGUGCCUUAUUGACUACUAACUGAAUGUAGUAAUGCAGAUACGCUGUUUAGUGGCUGUGCAAUGAGAUAUUUAAAUACUUCAAGCCUACAAACUAUUUCUCCUCCAUCACUGUCUCUGCCAAUACUACUGUCUAAUAAUCACACUGUUAAAUAAGGAGGGAAAUAUCUGAACAAGACUUGUAUAUUGGGAAAAUGCAAUAAAGAAGAAUGAUUUAAAAAGCCAGCCGCUCAGUUCGCUUGAUAUUCUCUUGUUUUGGUCAUAGAUUUAACGUUAGUCAUGAGGUCCCAUCACUUUUAAGAGGAAAAUGAAGCUACUACCUUGUUUUAGAUGUUCUUGAUAUAGACAUUAUUUAGUACAAAUAACACUAAAAUUUUGAAAAUAAUUAAAGGGUAUUGAUACAUUAACACCAUUUUUAGCUAGCCUGCAAUCUAUGGACUCUUAUUACACCAUACUAAAAUUAAUGAUCAAGCAGGUAAUGUUGCAGACAUUACAUAACCUGAAGCUUGCUGCCAUUGUCAAGUGUUGUUUCCCUUUGGUCCAGACUUUUGGUCAUUGGACUCUCUCUUCAAAAAUAAUUGAUUCUUUGGAUUUUGAAUCAAAAGAGUAAAAUCUAUAUGAUCUGAUUUUCUUUUUUAUGUCCAAAACCAAUCAGUUGUCUUUUUAUUUGCCGUUUGGAAAAAAGAAACAGAGACAUAAAAGGUCCAUAUUUUUAAAGGACUGGUUCAAUUAACCAUAUUUCUAUAGCAGCCAUAUUCUAGUGACCUCAACCUCAGGAUGGGAAACUCUGUGUUCCCGAUUGCUAAUUGUACAACUCAGACAAUUACACAAAUUCUAGUUAUUUUACUGCUCUCUGAUUGAUACGCAGCCAUUGAGACGAGGGAAGGUGGGAGCCAGAAGAGAGAUCUGGCCAUAUUUCAAGGCAAAGAAACACAUUUGACAGCCGGUUAGCUAAAAUCUGAGCACAACACUAAACCACUUCCUGUUUAAGUCAAAUAAAACAGCAAUAAAGAAACAUAACCUUUUUUUUAAUUCCAUUGAGAUAUUCGUAGUGCAUAUUUGUCUUUUACAUAAUAUCACCAACGAUAGGACCAGAAAGACAGUAUAAACCUGAUCUAAGGUACUCUGACAUGCUGAUUCAUGAAUGAUUUUGUGUUCAGGGUGGUGUGCUCCUGCUAAUGGCAGCACAAUGGAACAGACUGCUGGGGUUGCCCUUACUGUCUCUCUUUAGAUUAUUAC